AGCAGGCAGCAUGGCCGUGGACGUGGCAGAAUACCACCUGAGCGUCAUCAAGAGCCCCCCUGGCUGGGAGGUGGGUGUCUAUGCUGCAGGGGCCUUGGCGCUGCUGGGAAUUGCGGCUGUGAGCCUAUGGAAGCUUUGGACUUCAGGGAGCUUCCCCAGCCCUUCCCCAUUCCCGAAUUACGACUACAGAUACCUUCAGCAGAAGUACGGCGGCGAGACCUAUGCAGAGGCCAAGCAGAAGAAAGCGCCUGCCUGGACUGCCCAGCGUGCCAGCACUCAGGGACCACCCAGCCGCAAAGGCAGUCUCAGCAUUGAAGACACCUUUGAGAGCAUCAGCGAGCUGGGACCUCUGGAGCUGAUGGGCCGGGAGUUGGACCUGGCCCCCUAUGGGACCCUCCGCAAGUCCCAGUCAGCUGACUCCCUGAACUCCAUCUCCUCUGUGAGCAACAACUUUGGGCAGGACUUCACGCUGGGCCAGGUGGAAGUGAGCAUGGACUAUGACGCCACCUCCCACACCCUGCACGUGGCUGUGCUGCAAGGCAAGGACCUGCUGGAGCGGGAGGAGGCCAGCUUCGAGUCCUGCUUCAUGCGUGUCAGCCUGCUGCCAGAUGAGCAGAUUGUCGGCAUUUCCCGGAUCCAGAGGAAUGCCUACUCCAUCUUCUUUGAUGAGAAGUUCUCCAUCCCCCUGGAUCCUGCAGCCCUAGAGGAGAAGAGCCUACGGUUUUCCGUGUUUGGCAUUGAUGAGGACGAGCGCAACGUCAGCACGGGGGUGGUGGAGCUGAAGCUCUCUGUGCUUGACCUCCCACUGCAGCCCUUCAGCGGCUGGCUCUACUUACAAGACCAGAACAAGGCUGCUGAUGCAGUGGGUGAGAUCCUGCUGUCCCUCAGCUACCUCCCUACAGCUGAGCGUCUCACUGUGGUUGUGGUGAAGGCCAAGAAUCUCAUCUGGACCAACGAUAAGGCCACAGCAGACCCCUUCGUCAAGGUGUACCUGCUGCAGGAUGGGAGGAAGAUGAGCAAGAAAAAGACGGCUGUGAAGAGGGAUGACCCCAACCCAGUGUUCAAUGAAGCCAUGAUCUUCUCGGUGCCAGCCAUUGUGCUCCAGGACCUAUCUCUUCGCGUGACAGUGGCUGAGAGCAGCAGUGAUGGCCGUGGGGACAACGUGGGCCAUGUCAUCAUUGGGCCAUCUGCCAGUGGCAUGGGCACCACACAUUGGAACCAGAUGCUGGCCACACUGCGCAGACCCGUGUCCAUGUGGCAUGCUGUCCGGCGAAACUAGCAGCCGGGGCAGGUUAGGGGAGCAGCAGAGCCCCUGCAGCCUGGCAUGAACUCAGCUCUGUCCAACACCCUCUCCACAGCCCAGCUGGGGCCAUGAACACUGGGCACCUGGUGGAGUCCUCUUGAGCCAUCUUCGUCCCUCUGUCCAGACUAGAGCAGACAUGGCUCUAUGUCCAGGAACCCAGAGUUUUCUCCCACUGCAGGCCAGCUGUGGCUGGGCCAGGACCCAGGGAGGGCAGCUGGGCACUGGCCUAUUGGCUCCAUUUCAAGCCCCCUACCCUGCUCUUCCUGAGAGGUGAGCUGCACCCUAGGCCAUGCACUGGAACCCAGGAGUCUUAGGGGGCCAGGCA